AUGGUAACGACUGAGCAAUUCUUAAAACUUAAAAAGUACCAUCACGGGCAGAGAUUCGUUCGCCGGAGAAGGACGAAUAGAGGAGAGAUCCGUCAUGAUCAGACCGGUGAGAGACAAAAGACAAGAGAGGAGGAGGAGAGAGCGAAUGCUUCUUCGGUUAGGACAAGCUUUAAGCUAACGGUUCCUCCUGAUCAUUCCCCGGAAAGCCGCUGUAAGAAUUUCUCUUGUCGCUUCAAGGUGUAG